GUGCGUCCUCUCUUCAGACAACGCUCGGUCCAUUCCGUUGUGUUUACCGUGUUAUUGAUUCAGUGAGACGUUUGUGUCGCCGUUAAAUCGCUAUUUUUUGCAUGUAUCGGGAAUACAGUUUGUAACCGACGCUUACAUAUUUACUAUGGAGUCCGGAGAGGCCAACGAGGGAGAGAAGGCAGGCUCUCUGUCGGCGGCGCAGAGGAGGGCAGAGAUCCGGAGGAGAAAACUGCUCAUGAAUUCAGAGGACCGGAUGAAGAGAAUCGUAGGCUACGCUAAAAACGAGUCCGAAAACAACGCUGGAGCACUCCGGCGUCCCACAGAACCCCGCUUCCACCUUGACCUCGACAGGACAGAUCCAUGGUCAUCAUCGUCCUCCCAGAGACCGUCUCCCUUCCUGCCAGAGACUUCGGGGCUCGGCAGUCGCUCCCUCAGUGCCACUCCAGAGAGGAGGGGCUCCCCUCUGCCAGACUGCAGUGAGCCACUAGGCGGUUCUCUUGGAAGCUCUUUGGAAGACGAAAUCGGAGGGAUCCGGCCGAGACCGAGGGGGGAGCGGGCGUCAGACGACCUCAGCGGCUCCCCGCGUCGAGGCCUCCAGAAGUACCUGUCCCGUUUUGACGAUGCCAUGAAACUGCGGGGUCAGCUGGCCAAUGAGAAGCCGGCCCAGGACGGAGGGUCUGACUCAGAAGAGUUUGAUCCCUUCAGAAUCUUCAGGCUCAUCGGCAGCAUCCUCCUCGCUGUUUUUGUUCGGAUAUUUGUCUGCAAGUUCCUGUCAAUAUUUGCUCCAUUUCUGACCCUGGAACUGGCCUACAUGGGGUUAUCCAAAUACUUUCCAAAGGUAGAGAAGAAGGCCCAGACCACUGUGCUGACCGCUGCCCUGUUGCUGUCCGGCAUCCCCGCUGAGGUCAUCAACCGCUCCAUGGACACCUACAGGAGGAUGGGGGACGUCUUUGCCGACCUCUGCGUUUACUUCUUCACCUUCAUCCUCUCACACGAGAUCUUGCUGCUCUUUGGCUCAGAGACUCCUUGAUGGACCAGGAGGUUCACCCCGUCCCCCUUCUUGUUAUCCCCUCCCUCUGUCUCCCAUAGCAACAAGGCAUGGUCAUAUAAAUACUGCUGACGUGUGUUUGUUGUUGACAGUCUGGAAACGAGUCCUCGCUGCCUUAUGAUCAGGGUUGCGCGUCAGCUUCAGGAUUUCACUAAUGCUAAGCUACAUGUGACCAGAGAGUCCAGUGUUUGUUAGAGAUAUCCGAGUCAUUUUUGCUCUGGAUUGAACCCGAGAAACAGAAAGGCAGCAUGUGUUCACUUGUGCAAAGAAUGGCAUUUAUCUUGCUGAGUGAUAUUUAUUUGUCAGGUCUAGCACAGAAAAAGGUAGGGAGUGGACACCAGCACUGUUUUUCAGCAGUCUGGCAGCCACAGAUUCCAUUUAACUUAUGAAUGGGAAACACUGGAGUUCCUCAAGGGCUGGGCGAAAUUUCUCAAACUGGCACAGCAUUACUUUAAAAAAUCUGAUAUCGAUGCAUAAGCAAGUAAAUGCCAAACCACACAAAAUCAAAAACAAUCUGGUGUUUAGUGCAAUGAACUGUCUUCCAGUACUGUGCAUAACAUCAGAAAAAUCCUUUAAAUUUUCAAAACAGAAACUUAAGAGCAACUUAACACCAGGCUGAAUGGCAGUGCUCUGCCGCCCUCUCUGGUUUAAUAUUUAAAGUUUGUGACACCUGUCACCAAACCCAACAGUGACAUCGUGAUGUACUAAUGCUUCAAUCCUUUGUACGUCUGAUUCAAUAGUUCUGACUCUGCAUUCCAGACAUCUGAUCUAAAUGUGUCCCCUGUCCCAUGCCAAGUCUCUAAGCUUCACAGCCAUCUACAGAGGACAUGCUUCAGUUACCACAGCGCCAUUAGCAGAGAGAAACGACAUAUAAAAUAAUCACCAGUCUUGCUCGUCUUUGCUCAUUUAAAUACCAUGCAACGCAAAAUUCUGUAAAUGGUUGCCGUGCAUAAUAGUGUGAAGUUAUUAUGUGCUUAAUUUUGUGUAGACUUUAGUGAAGCAUACAUCAACUGAAUGGAGAUGGCAGCUACAAUGUUGUUACGGCACAUUUCACAACACAUACAUAAAGUAAAUUAUGAAAAUGUCGUUUUUCUCAGUUCACUGUAUGCACUGCCUGCCCUGUUGCUGUGACAUCGGGUGUGUUCACAUUGGCAAACUUUGUCUAAACAGAUCAUGCCCUGAGUUUACGAAUUCUCAACUGGAAUGACCGUUCCAAGGCACUUUUCUGUGUCGGAGGUAGUUUCUCUUCAAAAACAAUAGAUUGAAGCAUUACACAUCAGGAAGUACACUUCUACAUCCCUGCAGUAAGGUGAGAAUUUAAACCAACAGAAGGCAGCAAAAACAUCUUUUUCUGAUACUACCUAAGAUGUACUUUAAAUUUUCAAAUUGUUUGAUUGGAAUAAUUUAUUUAAAGUGAGAUUAUGUACAUUGUGCUUAACAGCAGCUAUUGUAGCCACAAGCGGUAAUUUCAGGAGGUGAAUGCUAAAAUUUCGUGCAACACUACAAAGAAUAAAUACUGGUAAGUUAGUGGACUGACUCACUAAUGUCUGAUAUAACAUUACCUACAAUAACGCCGAAUCACACUGGAUACGGAAGUGCCCCGAUCUGUUAAUUGUCGGGCAGCUGCCCAUUAGCAGUGGCCUGGCUCAUCACACCAGGUGCGCAUUUCUCCACGCUGGUCAGCGAUUCUCCUUCUCUGCUCCUUUCUAAUCACACAGAGAGCUCUGCCCCGGUCGCUCUGUCCCUGCUUGCUUGUGUGUUUCUGGCUGUGUACCUGUGUGUCUAUGUGUGUCUGCUUUUCGCUCUCCCUGUCUGUUUAGACUUGGCUGACAAGCAUUGUGUAAGCACUGGAUGCAUAUUAAGUCAUUUAUUGAAAUCAGAUCAUGUAUAUCAUAUCUAGCAUAUCCUUUAUAUUGUUCAUAAUAGAGUACUUAGUGUGCCGAUUCACUUGCGGCUCACAGAAAAAUUAAACAGACAUCGAAACUAUCGCUGCAGAUCGUCAGCCUGCAGCAGAGCUCGGGGCAGCGAAGCGUCCAGUGUGAACGGUCUGACUGCUUAACAAGGGCAUCGAAGGCAAGCGGCCAGCGCUCAGUGGAAAAUUGGCGUGACAGUUCUGCGUCCGGUGUAAACCCAGUGGACCCUCUGUGGUAUUGAAUGAACACUGCAUUUAAUAAAAUAUUAAGUUCUUCAGUUUUAAGAAAAUGAAUUAAAAAUGACAUAGUCUUGCUUUAAAUAAUAGAUUUUCUAAAAGCCGACCUAAGUCCUUCUGUAUCCUAAUAAUCCCCAAAGAUGGUGCAUAAAAUGGGCAGCGUGUCAUAUUCUCAGCUAAGGCGCUGCAGACUACUCCGCAGGUUACUGGCUUUGGAGGUAUGGUACUCAUAUGCAGCACUAUGAAUAUGUUUUUAUUGUCUUGCAGUAUGUCAGGCAGAGUUGGGGUCCAUGCAUUUUCAGGUACUUCCAUUUACAGCCUGAAUCUAACCUUCACAUAGCCUGCUGGAUAAAGGCUUUUCAUGUAAAGCUUACUCCUAAAUUUAAAAACGAAAAAAAAACAUAACACUUCUUCACUGGAAUUUAAGUUAACUGACAACAACUUUGGAGCAAAGAGGUUUAUAUGGAGCUCUUGGUCUGUCAUGAUUGACAAUCGAUGAUUGAAUUAAGCAGAAAGCUUAAGACAGAUUAUCAUCAAGACUGACAGAGGCAGGUGGUUUCUUUGUGGCCUCAUACAUAAUCUUGCCUCUGCAACUCAAGCAGGAGACGACCUUGAGGCUUUGCAGUUGCGUCACAAAUGACAACCUCCAUUGAGGUCCAAGAAAAAGUUUCCUUCAAACAAAAGUGUUUACAUGGAGGUUAAGCACCAUUUGUAUAAAAAUAUAUAUUCUGAGAUUAGUUUCUGAUUUUAUUCUCAGGAUUCUUACUCAAAUUUCUGAAUUAUUUCCUCCUUUUUUAAACAUAUUGCCCCCCUCUUCGCCUUAUAUACAUCAGAAAGACAGAAAAGUAGAAGUCUCUUUUUUGCUGGAUCACCCCAAUUUCAAGGCUUGUUAUUUUUAGGUCAAAAAGUAUGAGGAACAGUUACACACGAUCAUCCAGCUAUACUUUGAGUAUCUGAUAAUAUCCAGUUCCUGAUGAUGUUAAGUGUCUUAAAAGGAAUAUCUCAACCACAAACUGACCAUUUGUAAGUCAAUUAGUCAUGGUUUUCUCGCGUUCCUCUAUGGAAAAUGGUGAACAUAAUGAUUAAUUGAUUGAUUGGGGACCAUGUUUGUAUAAAAUAAUAGACGUAGCUACUGUGAUGUCACCUAUUGGUUUGUGGACUCCCAUUGUAAAGCCUAGAGUUUGGCAUUUCUGUGGCUGCUAUCUUGGUUUUUGCAGCCAGAAGUGACCAUUAUUUCUGCUGUUAAGUUUGGUAUUUUAGCAUGGAAGUCUAUGAGGAUUGCUUCUGGAGCCAGUCUCAAGUGGCCAUUCAAGGAACUUCAGUUUUUGGCAUUUCCAUGUUGACUUAAUUUGUCUGCCGCAGUUUUCUACACAAAUUGAAGGUAACCGCACGACUGAUCGAUUUACAAAUGGCCGUUUUGUGGGUCAAGUAUACCUUUAAAAACUUGCGCUCUCCUUUAAUUGGUAGAUUUGAAUCUUGUGUGCUUGUUUUGUGACAGAUAUCCUCAUAGGUCCUGCUUUUAGUCAUAUUUUAUGCUGCGAUCUGUCAUCCAGCGCUCAGAAGGGUCCACCCGUGUUACGAACCAGUUUUCCUCCUUUGAGUUGUGAGAAAAAGCAUUUAGUCCUUGAAUGUGGAGUGUAUUAUUUUGCACGGCUGUGAGCUUAAAAACGCAGUAAACUUCAUAUAGUGUAAUGAAAAGUGUGUUUGACAGGAAAGUCUUGUCUUUUACUGGAAAGUGCUGUCGCUGCAAACAAACGUGGGGCAGUGGGAGUUUAUGCGCUUAUUUGUGUUGAGUAAUUCUGGUGAUGUGGCCUGCUUUGCUUUGUUUCGAGCCUCAUUCAUAAGUACUUCAUAUAUAUUCAACUUCUGUGCGAUAAUGUCCUCUCUCCAAACUUUUAAUUUCAUCCAAAUUAAUUUAUUAGUGUGAAUUAAUUUUAGGUUUUUUGUUUUCAUGUAAAUAAUAUGGUGUGAUUUAUCCUACGACUUGUCUGACCUACUUGAUUGUUUUUGAUAAAGUUUACAGAAUAACUGUUUUUAAUGGCUCUUAAAGUGUCUUACUUAAGUAACCAGUUCAGUGUUGACAUGAAGUAAACAAUCUCUGAUUAAAAACAUACACAGGAAUGAAUAAACUGACCAUUCAUACCAAA